CACAGAACUGGUCGAGUUCAUUGUGGAAUCUGUCUCCCGUAAAGUCUUACCUGCUGUAGUUGUGCCCAUGGGAGAGUUCGAAGAGUUUCAAGCAACGAGACAAGCCAUGAAUGAAGUUAUGAAGGCGCUAAAAGAUGAUGAAGUCGAUGCCGUUGGGGUGUUCGGCAUGGGAGGUGUCGGCAAGACAACCAUGGUAAACCAUGUGGUAAACCAUGUCGGUGCACAAGCCCGCAAAAAUUGGAUUUUUCAUCAUGUGAUUAUGGCUGUCGUUUCACAAAAUCCUAAUUUCGAAAAACUUCAAGACGCGUUGGCAGAGCAAUUAGGCUUCAAACUCUGGGAGCAAACAGAAAUUGGAAGAAUUGCUAGUUUGAAUAAGGAGAUAAUGAGAAGAGAAAAACUCCUUAUAAUCUUGGAUGAUGUUUGGGGGAGAAUAGAGUUGUCAAAGAUAGGGAUUCCCAGCUACAAGGAGCUUCAAAAGUGCAAGUCCAAAGUGCUACUCACCACAAGGAUAAAGAAUGUCUGUCAUGUCAAGAGAUGCCAAAGAAAGAUCACCCUCGGUGUCUUAUCAGAACAAGAUUCUUGGACCUUGUUUCUGAGAAAUGCAGGAAUAAUGUCUUUUGAGUCCACCACAUUUGAGAAUGUGGCGAGAAGGGUAGCUGGAGAAUGUAAGGGUCUACCGAUUGCAUUGAUAGCAGUUGCAAGAGCACUCGGAGAUAAAGACUUAGCGGAAUGGGAAAAAGCAGCUCAACGACUAGAGAAGUCUCAAUAUGCCAAUCCUAACCAUGAGGAAGAUGCAUUCAAAUGUAUAAGAUUAAGCUAUGAUUACUUGAAACAUGAAGACCACAAGUCAUGCUUCUUGCUCUGUUGUCUAUACCCAGAAGACCAUGACAUCCGACUAGAAAACUUAUUCAAGUAUGCAAUCGGGACAGGAUUGUUUCGACGAGAUGCCGAAACAAUCGAAGAAGCUAGAGGAAUAGCAGAUUCAGUGGUCAAGUACCUGAAAGAUUCUAGCUUGCUUUUGGAUAGCGAGAAAAAGGGAUAUGUAAAGAUGCAUGAUGUCAUCCGGGAUGCAGCCCUGAAUAUUGCAAAAUCUGAAGACGGGCAUGGGUUUUUGGUAAAAGCUGGCUGUGGUAUGGAGGAUUGGCUGCCACGCGGAUUACAUGAAGGCUGCACUGCUAUUUCACUAAUGAGGAACAAGAUUCGCAAGCUACCCGAAGAAGAGUUGGUAUGUCCAAAUCUCCAGAUUUUAUUACUAAAACGGAACGCUGGUUUAAAUGAGAUCCCAGAAAAAUUUAUCCAAAGUCUUAAGGAAUUAAGGGUAUUGGAUCUUAGCAACACUAGUAUUUCCUUACUACCCCAAUCAUUCAGUCUCCUUAUCAACCUCCAAGCUUUGUAUUUAGAUUUUUGUGAGAAAUUGAUUGACAUUUCCAUAGUGGGAAAACUUAAGAAGCUUGAAAUUCUUAGUAUAAGAGAAUAUCCUCUCAAGGAAUCGUCCAGAGAAAUAGGACAUUAGACCAAUCUAAGGAUUUUGGAUGUCAGUUCUGCUGGUCGUGGGGCUGGAUGUACAAUU